CCCCCCACCCGCCUCUCCCCCGCUUUCCGCGGCUCCCCGCCUGGGGAGUUGGGGGGGGCUCGGAGCGGCUUUGAUUUGGGGUUUUUUAAUUUUUAUUUAAGUCUUUAGUUUUUACUUUUUCCAACGCUCAGUGGCACCUCGCCCGAGACUUCCCCCCACCCCUCUUCACCCCUCUCCCACCACCCCCACGCCAGCUCCUGGGGGGGGUGCUCUCCCGUCAGCGACCCCUCCUCUCCCCCACCCACCCCUUCACCCCCGUUUUCCACGUUGUUUGCGGCCCGGCGCUCGGGGCUGGGGGGGUGGGGGUGGGAGAGAAGGCGCAGAAAGUUGCAAACGGCGCCCCGCGCUCCCGCCCCCCGCCGGCGGCCCGCGGCCCGGAGACGCUCGGGGAGCCCGCGCGCGGCCCCGGCCCAGGACGCGCGGACGCCGGAGCGACGGGACGGACGCGGGGGGACGCGCCGCCGCACCCCCAGAGGCUCCGGCUUGCCACUUGAGCUUUCAAAGUUUAUAAGUAAAUACUCUGCUCUUACAAGGGAACCUAUCAGACCUGUUUAGAAAAUGAUCAGGCUUUGCGGACUGGGGCGAACUGUUGGCACGAGGGAGCGAAGGUGACGACGAGUAACGGGAUGCCCCAGCGGCCCGUGAGCAUCUUCCCUUGUGCCGUGCCGACCACAGCCGUGGCUCUGUGAAGCCAGCGUGGACCAAGCCCUGGGCACAAGCGAGCUCAUCAUCGACACAGGUGACCGAGUGAGCUCAUCAUCGACACAGGUGACCAGGAAAGCACCAUUUACUCGGAGGCCCUCGCCGAGAUGGGUUUAACUCUCGCCCCGCCAGUGCACGCCAAGCUGACCUCACCCGGCCGUCGUGCAAUGCCGCGGCUGAGCCUCUGAGCGCACCAGCAUUACCUCAUCGUGGCCAGUGCAGGGAGGAGGUGGGAGAGCGCCCGCCUGCUGCCAUGGCCCAGGACAUGACCGGGACCCACAUCGUGACGGAGAGGCUGGUGGCCCUGCUGGAGAGCGGGACGGAGAAGGUGCUGCUCAUCGACAGCCGGCCGUUCGUGGAGUACAAUACGUCGCACAUCCUGGAAGCCGUCAACAUCAACUGCUCCAAGCUCAUGAAGCGGCGGCUGCAGCAGGACAAAGUGCUCAUCACUGAGCUCAUCCAGCACUCGGCGAAGCAGAAGGUGGAUGUUGACUGCAGCCAGAGGGUCGUGGUGUACGACCAGAGCUCCGAGGAUGCAACCUCGCUGGCCCCCGACUGCUUCCUCACCGUCCUCCUGGGGAAGCUGGAGAAGAGCUUCAGCAACGUGCACCUGCUUGCAGGUGGCUUCGCCGAGUUUUCCCGCUGCUUCCCCGGCCUCUGCGAAGGGAAGGCCGCCGUGGUCCCCACCUGCAUCUCCCAGCCCUGCUUACCUGUGGCCAACGUCGGGCCCACCCGGAUCCUCCCCAACCUCUAUCUCGGCUGCCAGCGGGAUGUCCUCAACCAGGACCUGAUGCAGCAGAACGGGAUUGGCUACGUGCUGAACGCCAGCAGCACCUGCCCCAAGCCCGACUUCAUCCCCGACUCGCACUUCCUGCGCGUGCCCGUGAACGACAGCUUCUGCGAGAAGAUUCUGCCGUGGCUGGACAAAUCGGUGGAUUUCAUUGAGAAGGCCAAGGCCUCCAACGGCUGCGUGCUGGUCCACUGCCUGGCCGGCAUCUCGCGCUCGGCCACCAUCGCCAUCGCCUACAUCAUGAAGAGGAUGGACAUGUCCCUGGACGAGGCCUACAGGUUCGUGAAGGAGAAGAGACCCACCAUCUCGCCCAACUUCAACUUCCUGGGCCAGCUCCUGGAGUAUGAAAAGAAGAUCCAGGGUGGCACUCCAGGUCCCAGGAGCAGAGCCAAGGUGCCGCCCAUGGAGCCGCUGCCGCUGCCCCCGCCAACGCCGCCACCACCACGAGAGCCGGGCCCCGCCGCCCCCGAGGCCCCCCGGGACGCCGCCUGCGCCCACCCCGCUACCUCAGAGGCCGCAGGGCCCCCGCCCGGGCGCCCCCCGCCCGAGGACGGCCCCCUGGUGCAGGCGCUCAACGGGCUGCACCUGCCCCCGGACAGGCUGGGGGACAGCAGCAAGCUCAAGCGCUCCUUCUCGCUGGACAUCAAGUCCGUGUCGUACUCGGCCGGCGUGGCCGCCUCGGCGGCGCUGCACGCGCUGGCCGCCGACGAGGCCCUGGACUACUACAAGCCCUCGGCCGCGCUGGACGGGCCCGGCAAGCUGUGCCAGUUCUCCCCGGUGGAAGAGGUCUCGGAGCAGACCCCCGAGAGCAGCCCGGACCAGGAGCGGCCGCAGCCCGCCCGGCCACCGCCCGAGAGCCAGGGCCCGCGGCCACACCCGCCCCGGGUGCCCCCGCGGCCCCCGGUGCCUCCACCCCUGCACCGCAGCGGCAGCGUGGAAGACAAUCACCACCCCGGCUUCCUCUUCGGCCUCAAGGGCUGGCAUUCGGACAUCCUGGCGCCCCCGGCUGCCCUCGCCAGCAGCUGGUAUUUCGCCGCCGAGUCCUCCCACUUCUACCCGCCGACGGCGGCCGUGUACGGCGGCGGUGGCGGGGGCGGUGGCGGCUACUCGGCCUACAGCUGCGGCCAGCUGCCCACGUGCGGCGAGCAGGGCCUGUCGGUGCGCCGGCGGCACAAGCCCAGCGACCGCGCCGACUCGCGGCGCAGCUGGCACGAGGAGAGCCCCUUCGAGAAGCAGUUCAAGCGCCGCAGCUGCCAGAUGGAGUUCGGCGAGGGGCUCCUGUCCGAGAGCCGCGCCCGGGAGGAGCUGGGCAAGGUGGGCAGCCAGUCGAGCUUCUCCGGCAGCAUGGAGAUCAUCGAGGUGUCCUGAGCGGGCGGCGCCGGGCCCCCCGCGGACUAGUCCCUGUAAAUCUGAAAGAGAGAAAUAUAUCUUAUCUGUACAUACAUCCGUAUCGGGGGGGAAGCGGAGCCACGGGGUCAGAGAGCCACGCGGGGGCCGCCGCGCGGUUGUACACCCUUCCAGCCACCAAAGGGUGGACGCCAGACCGCCCCGCGGUGGCUCGGCAUCCGAGGAGGCCCGGACGGUGCCCGCCAGAUCUCAGAGGCUCGUCUCUGCCUUGCCCCUUCCCUGCCCCUCUUUGCGCUGACACUGAGCCAGCUUGUGGGGCGCUGGCAGGCCCUGCCCGGGACAGCGCCCGUCCGAGCGGUAGAUCCCGGAGAAACGGUCAGUGGCGCCCGCAUCCCCCACCCCGUCCUUGCUCUGCGGGGCCUUGCGGAGAUCUGCCUCCGAGCAGACCCAGUACCUCAGACCACACAGCCGGGGCCUCGCCACCCCCACAACCCGCCGCCUGUCUUCUAGGCAUUGUGAAUAGGUAGGUAGCUAGCGACACUCAGACCAAUCCACACCGUCUCUGCGCGCUCCCGGGCGGGCGGGACGGGGCCGGUUCCUUUCUUUUUUCUCCUCUUUUUUUUUUUCUCAGCGUUUCACAAAAUGAGAGGAGGGGGAGCAUCUAGAAAAUCAGUCUAGCAUCAUGAUUUGUAAGCUAAAAUAUGUAUGGGGGGAGGGGAAGGCAGCCCCACCCCCAACCUCCACCCCUCACCCCUGCUCUAAAUCAAAGCUGUCCAGAACAGUCAACCCUUAAAUAAGGAAUAAACUUGGGGGCGGGGAGGGCAGACAGGUGCCUUUCCUUGGGCAGAGAGCGGGGCAACCGCACCGCGGGCUCCUGGCCAGGGCCGGUGGUGAGUGGCCGCGGAGACGCCCUGGGUGUCACUGCAGAAAGGCAGGACGUGCCAGGGACAGAAGACCUGAGAAGGUUCCACGAGUAGUGAGCGACAGGUGCUGGUGCUCGCGGGUCGAGAAAGGGAGGUUCCGUAGGCACAGGACAGGACAGGAAGGGCCCGGGGGAGAGGCUGGCAAGCUACCAUCAGUGGUGUCGUCGUUCGAGAAGGAGCAGAGGAGACGCUGGGACCAGGCUCCCUCCGUCCCUGACCCGCGGUCACGGUGUGGACACAGCUCGGGCCACUGGACACGGGGUGCCUCCAGCGACUUCCAGCCGUGCCAGGGGCGAGUGGGGGCCUCCUCCCCCCACCCCCCGGGGAAGCCUGCGCUGCCCAGCCCUGACCUUUCCUGGAGCGUAGCUAGUUGCUGACUCAAAUCUCAGGUUUUUCGAUGUUGGAGGCAUGCAUGGUCCAUUGACGAGGCGACUUAACCGUUUCCUCAGGCGACCCAGAACACACUUUGGCUGGGCACGGGGUGAGGACAGAAGGGGCAGUGUCCUGCUCCGUGACGCGAGCUCGCCCCUGUCACCUGCAGUUCUGGAUGUGACCGGGCUGCCCCGCCUCUCCGUGCCCCAAGAGUUCUGUGGGUCCGUGUCGGGGAGGGAUGGGGGGGCCCUCCAUCCUCGGGGAUCCUUCCUGGCCACCGUCCUCUCUUCUGUCACCACGGUCUUCGUUCUUUGGUUGCUUCUGUCAAGGAAUGAAGCACCAGAGGCCAGCCCCGAGGUGCGAGGUGGCGGGCGUGGAGGAGAGGUGGUGUCCAGGCUCGAGCCAGACGCCCACGAGACACACUGGGGAACGGGGAAGGACACGUGCCAAGUUGGGUGGUCAGACUGUACAGCUGUUUCGCGUGAACCGUGUUCCUUUGGAAGAAGGCAAGCUGCUGAAUGGUUCUAUUGUGCAGUUCUUGUUUGAUGUGUCAUGUAUGUUAAUAUGAUGGAAUAAAAUCAAAACUGGUACCUGUUUAUA